AUGUUUGGCCCCGUGGUGACCGGAGAUUGUCGAUCGGGCUUUGAUUUCACCCUUUAUUUCGAGCAAAGUAUCCUUUCUCUGCUUCCAUCUACUGUCCUGCUGUUCGUGUUUCCAUGGCGGCUUUCUCACCUGCUGCGACAAGAUGUCAAAGCCGUACAGAGCAACCGGCUCUACACAAGACUGAUCGCAUUCGUGGUCUUCGCUGCUCUCCAGAUAGCCCUUUUAAUUGAAUGGGCAUCUCCUUCCACGCCGUCCAACCGCAUGUCCAUUCCCGCAGCUUCUCUCAGAGUUGUUGAUGCUUUCGCCAUGCUUGCCUUGUCGGCCGUUGAAUAUCGUCGAUCCGUUCAGCCCUCGACAGUUCUAAAUAUAUACCUAUUAUUCAGUCUCCUGUUCGAUGCCGUUCAGCUGCGGACUCUUUGGCUGAUGCACAACCAAACUCCCCUGUCUGCGAUUGCAACUGCCAGCCUAGCUACCAAGGCGAUCUUGUUGAUCCUGGAGGCCCGAAACAAACGCAUGGUCCUACGUCAGCCAUACAGAAAUUUGUCCCCAGAGUCUGUAUCGGGAAUACUCACCCGGGGCUGUUUCUGGUGGCUCAAUCCUCUUUUGUGGCAAGGCUUUCGCACAUUGCUAUCACCAUCAGAUAUGUUCCAGGUGGACUCCGAUUUAUCUUCAGAGUUCCUGGGGAGAAGGUUUCUUAUAUACUGGACUGCCUCGAUGCCAAACAUCAAGUUCAGGCUGCUUCUUUCGGUGGCUCGUUCGCUGAAGCGACCGAUAUUUGCGGCUGCCAUCCCGCGGAUCUUCCAAAGUGGAUUUACAUGGUGCCAACCUUUCUUGAUUUUCCGGGUAAUUGACUACGUUGGAGACCAUGAGACAGAAGACAAAAGCUACGGAUAUGGACUAAUCGCAGCAACUGCGCUGAUUUACACAGGACUCGCUUUCAGCAGCGCUAUGUACAGACACAAGACAUUUCGGAUGAUCACCAUGGUUCGUGGUGGUCUUAUCUCAGUUCUCUACGACAAAACGCUGAAGUUAAAUAUGGAAAGGCUCACGGAUUCAGCGGCCAUGACGCUCAUGACUACAGAUAUUGACAGCAUUGCCACAAAUUGGAUAAACAUCCAUGAAAUAUGGGCAUCUCCUAUUGAUGUGGGGAUGGGAAUCUAUUUGCUGCAGCGAAAGCUAGGCAUUGCGUGCAUAGCCCCUGUUGCUCUGGCGCUUUUCUCAACCAUAGGGAGCACCCAAAUUGCGAAAAUGAUGAGGGGACGCCAGGAAAGUUGGCUAGAGGCAGUGCAAAGGCGUGUCAGUUUGACAUCAUCUCUUCUGACCAACAUCAGAGGCCUAAAAAUGAUGGCACUGGCUGUCAGUAUAGGUGACAGGAUCCGAAGUCUACGGUCCGCUGAAAUUACCAAGGCAAAGUCCUAUCUGAGAAUCGAGUGCCUGAUGAACGUCUGCGCGAACACUUCAGCACUCUUGUCCCCAGUUGCGACGCUUCUUCUUUUUGCUUUUGUGACAAUGAACCAUACGUCUGAUCAGCUUACAAGCUCUUUGGUAUAUUACACUCUCACAAUCGUUGCCUUGAUGUCAUCACCCUUGGGUCUAGCGUUGAAUGCGUUUCCAACCUUCCUGGCGUCACUGGCAUGUUUUGCAAGGAUUCAGAAGUACCUGUUACUGGAGGAAAAACAGGAUUACCGAGAUACUACGCCGAACCAUCGAACGGUGACUGCACUUCGGCCGCCUAUCACGUACCAACAGCCUUCCGGUACAAAAGAAAUUGAGCUGUCAGAAAGUAUCACAAUCGGUGACGAUCACAUGGAUCCGGACUUGGACAUUCCACCUUUCUCUUUCUCUAUCCGCGAUGGCUGCUUCGGCUAUGACGAUGCAGACAAUGCUGUAUUGAAAGAUAUCUGUUGGGAAUGCCAACCUCGUUCCUUUACUGUCAUUCUGGGGCCCGUGGGAUCGGGGAAAACAACACUCCUAAAGGCACUUUUGAGCGAAGUCAAAUGCUUCAAAGGAUCUGUUUCCAUGGCAGAUCUAAGCGUUUCUUAUUGUGGUCAAGAUGUGUGGCUUCGGGAUCUGUCUUUGAGAGACAACAUUCUCGGAGGAGUUCCUUUUGACCAGAGACUGUAUAAGGAAGUCUUAUUUGCGACUUGUUUGGAUUCAGAAAUUGCCAAGCUUCCACAGGGUGAUCUGACCAGACUAGGGUCGAAGGCAGUGAGCCUCUCUGGUGGACAAAGCCAGCGGGUUGCCGUGGCGCGAGCAAUCUACGCACGCAAGUCGUUGAUUCUCCUAGAUGACUCGUUCAGCGGCCUAGAUACCACAUCUCAGUCCCUAAUCCACAACCGCUUGUUCGGCCCGGCUGGGCUUUUGAAAAAGCUCGGCUGCACUGUCGUUCUAGUCACACACAGCCUGCGUUUUUCAAACAAUGCAGAUUCAGUGCUCAUCCUUGAUAAGAACGGAGGAAUACAUCAUCGAAGGCCCACUGAGAAGCUUGAAUUAAGCAAGGAUAUAUCAAACGAAGACAGCCAUGACCCAGAAAGCCCCGAAGGAACAGGUGACGGUGCGUCACAGGACCAACCGGACCAUGCAACACAGCCCUUGGCUUCAGCGGAUCAGUUCUUAUCCGACGACUUGUCUCGGCAGAAAGGAGACUUAUCCAUAUACAAGUAUUACUUGAACAGUGUCGGUAUCCUCAACCUACUGGUCUAUGUCCUACUGAACUGUCUUUAUGUGUUUUGCACUCGGUUUGGGCAAGUUUGGGUCGGCUUCUGGGUCGACGCCGUUGAGACGAGUCCAGGUCGGCACAGUAAUAUCGUGUACGGCUGCUCAUAUGUCGCAAUAAUGGUGGGAGGCAUGAUCAUGUAUGGAUCUGUUCUUUUCUUCAUGUUUCAAGUGAUCGUUCCUCGGUCCGCUCGGAGAUUACACUCGGCACUCCUCGAAGCGACAAUACGUGCACCUUACAGCUUCCACGCCGUCACAGACCCAGGAAUUACACUGAACCGGUUCAGUCAAGAUAUAACUCUGGUUGAUAUUGAUCUCCCUUCAGCGGCAGUGGAGUUCUUCCUGGAUUGCUUCACUUGCCUUGGCCAAGCUAUCCUGAUAUGCACGGGUGUCAAAUACCUUGCUGCAUUCUUGCCUGCAGUAAUUAUCGCAACAUAUAUGAUCCAGAAAUUGUAUCUCAGAACGUCUCGACAAGUGCGCUUCCUAGAUCUAGAAGCCAAAUCACCUUUGUUCAGCCAGAUGCUAGAAACAUAUAGUGGGAUCCUCACAAUAAGAGCCCACGGAUGGGAGCAUCGAUUCAAAGACGAAAACCUAGCACUACUGGACAAGUCCCAACGACCAUAUUAUGCACUGUACUGCAUUCAGCGCUGGCUUAGCUUUGUGCUCUCUUUGCUGGUUGCUGUCGUCUCCGUCAUUCUGGUCACCUUUGGAACUCAGAUCAAGAAUAUCACAUCUGGAAACGCAAUGGGUGCCGCAUUGAUCAACGUUCUUAAUUUUGCCCAAACUCUGAGCUUACUCAUUUCCGCAUAUACUACUCUUGAGACAUCACUGGGAGCCGUGGGAAGAAUUAAAUCCUUUACAUCCGAUGUGCGACCUGAGGACGAGGAUGCAACUGCGAGCUCCCAGAUUCCACAGCACUGCCCUCGUUCCAGCACUGGCAAAAUUGAGUUCAUUUCCGUCACGGCAUCCUACAGUUCGAUUUCCAGGCCCGCCCUAGAUAGAGUCUCUGGGAAGUCUUCAUUGAUUUUGGCCUUGCUGAAAAUGCUACCACUGCGAGAGGGUGCGAUAACGAUCGAUGGUGUCAACAUUUCCACCCUGUCUUGUGAUGCGGUCCGAUCCAUAUGUAACACGAUUCCCCAAGCGCCUGUGAUAUUUCCGGGAAGUAUUCGACAGAAUCUCGAUCCGGCCCUCGUCCACUCCGACGCCGAGUUACAGGCUAUAUUGGAAUCAUUGGAACUGUGGGGAACGGUUUCAUCUCGAGGUGGAUUGGAUGCUGAAAUGGACGCAUCGCCCUUCAGUCAUGGGCAGAAGCAGCUGAUUUGCAUCGGACGUAGCUUUCUAAUGAAUGGCAAAAAGCGGAUCUUGAUAGUGGACGAGUUCACCAGUGGUAUGGACCAAGUAACUGAGACUUUGAUGCUAAAGUUCCUGGAGGAGAGGUUUAGUCAACACACCAUCCUGGCGGUGACGCAUCGACUUAACACUGUCAACCGAUAUGAUCGCAUUGCGGUUUUUGAAUCUGGCAGGCUGGUCGAGUGGGGAGAGCCAGUAAAGUGCCUCAUCAGUUGA